AUCUUCUGGGGUCCCCCUGCAGUGUAUCUCCCCUCAGAGCCAGCCCCCAAGGGCUGGUACCCUUAGGCAGGGCAGGGCUGGGAACCUGAGGCGAGGCACCAUCCCGCUCACACUGGAGCGCAGCAUGGGGACACGGAAAAUCUUGUCACUGUCACUUUAAAUUUCUUGGGGGGAAGGGGGGUUCCUCGACCCCAGAUUCAGAGAAGGAAGUGGGGCAGGUUUGCAGAGAGUACCCAGCAGCUGCUCCCAGGGCCGGCUCAUCCUCAUACGUAAAACUUCCUGCGAUGACACCGGAAAUACAAGUGCUGUCCCCACGACCACAGCCCCCUGGAGCCCGGGCCAGAGGGGAGCCAUGGACAGGCCCCGGGCCCUGGGCCUGCUCUGGGCGCUGCUGACUCUCUGCCUCACUGCCGGGACUCCGGAGGUGUGGCUGCAGGUUCAGAGGGAGGCCACCGAGGCCUCCUUCACCGUCCGCUGUGGAUUCCUGGGCUCGGGCUCCAUCUCCCUGGUGACUGUGAGCUAUGGGGGCCCCGACGGUGCUGGGGGGACCACGCUGGCCGUGCUGCACCCCACACUCGGCACCAAGAACUGGACAGCCGCCUGCCGGGCCCGCUGGGAAACCAGCACCAGCGUCUCCCUCACCUUGGAAAGCGCUCCCACCGCAGGGAGGGGCUCCGGUCCCAACACCACCUUCUGCUGCAAGUUCACUUCCUUCCCUGAGGGCUCCCAGGAGGCCUGUGGGAACCUGUCCCUCAGCACAGACCCAGGGCUCCCUGCUGCCAGUCCAGCCCCCGUGCUGCGGGCCGACCUGGCCGGGAUCCUGGGGGUCUCGGGGGUCCUCCUCUCUGGCUGCAUCUACCUUCUUUACCUCCUGCAUCGGCAGAGGCACUGGGCCAUCAUGAAGCUUCAGCCGCCCAGACACAGCAGCCCCCAGACAGACGGGAGAGCCAGUGCAGCCGGCCAAGCCUCCCUGACCUCCUUCCACGUCCCCUAUGCCACCGCCACCGUCACGACCGCCAACUACUUCAGCCCAGCAACCCUGCACCGGGUCCCCCCACCCCAGUCACUGCCCGGGUGGGUGCCGCUCCCCACCCACGCCGCGCACCGACCCCAGAGCCCCGGUUCCUGGGCACCCCCGCCGGCCUCCACACGAAGCAGCUUCAUCUCGGUCGAGAACCGACUCUACGCUCAGGCGGAAAAGCGGCCGCUCCACGCCCGCGCCGACCGCAUCCUGCUCCCGGACCCUCUGGGGCGCAGAGCCGCUUUGGGGCCUUCAGGAGUGCGAUGA